AUGUCAACUCAACUCUCAUCAACGGAGACGUAUUCAUUGGCUUCUCUAUCGAUAGCAUGUUUUGGCAUCCUGGCAAACACACUGAAGGGCGAAGGCGCCCCGCUCAUUGCCUCGUUGGCCUUUAGUGGGUUGGGGUUUGCCUUCAGUUACGCGCUGAUACGAUGGCUCGGGAAUGCAUUCAUGAAACGCGGAUUCAAGGGUCGAGAUCUUUGCAAACUAAAGCAGCAUGAGAUUCCUGAAAUGAUGGGUGCUGUGUGCGCCAUGGUCUAUCUCUCUAUCCUGAUAUGCUUCAUACCGUGGCCUUUCUACAAGGACAUUGUACUUGCCACCUCAGGCGGAGGCAAUCGCGAUGUUGUCAAAGAGAUGGGGGAGAUUGAAACGGGAAGACUACUGCACAGGUUCCCCCACAACAAGUUGGCGUCGUAUCUCUCUGCUAUCCUCUCACUCCAGUCGGUCGUGCUGCUUGGGGUCGGCGAUGAUUUGUUCGACAUCCGAUGGCGACACAAGGUACUCAUCCCGGCAUUCGCAGCCAUCCCGAUGCUGGUGGUGUACUUUGUCGACUUUGGAGUCACCCAGAUGGUGGUUCCGCUACCGCUUAGGCCCUAUCUCGGCGAGCUCUUCGACCUCGGGUGGCUGUACUAUGCUUACAUGGCCGCGAUAUCCAUCUUCUCACCAAACAGUAUCAACAUCCUUGCUGGCAUCAAUGGCAUCGAGGUGGUCCAAUCAGUGGUGAUUGCUGUCCUUAUUGUUGGGAACGAUCUACUGUACCUAUCGCCCUAUACGUCCUAUCCUCAUCCAGCGACAGACUCUCAUCUCUUUUCCCUGUACCUGCUGUUACCGUUCAUCGGAGUGUCACUCGCUCUCCUCAAGCACAACUGGUACCCAGCCAAGGUCUUUGUUGGCGAUACGUACUGCUACUUUGCAGGCAUGGUCUUUGCCGUGGUGGCUAUCCUGGGCCACUUUAGCAAAACGCUCAUCUUACUCCUGAUACCACAGGUGUUCAACUUUGUUUACUCGGCUCCUCAGUUGUUCCACUUGGUUCCCUGUCCCCGACAUCGGCUUCCGCACUUCAAUGCACGGACUGGACUUGUCGAGGCCUCGCGCGUCGAGUUUCGCAAACCGUUGCGCAGACCGAUUGCGGCGAGUCUCAAGUUGUUGCACCGGCUUCGGAUGCUUGAUGUCGAGGUGGAUGCAGACGGGAGGGUGGCAUCCUCGUCCAAUUUCACGCUAAUCAACUUGUGGUUAGUGUGGUUUGGGCCAAUGCGGGAAGAUCAAUUGGCGGUGGGGCUUACCGCCUUUCAGUUGGCGAUUGGCGGUUUGGGCCUGUUCAUCAGACAUCGCAUGGCCUUGCUUGUCUUCACGGCCGAUAAUCUGUGA